AUGCUGAUAAAAAAAGAACCUGUUGCCAGCAGUUACAAUCAAUUUUUUUUCAGUGAUGACUCUAAUGAUGAAGAAUCAAAUGUAAAUGUAAAAGAAGAAGAAGAAGAAGAAGAAAUUGGGCCUAUUCUUCCUGGAGGUCAUAGAUUAGAUAAAAAAUUUUAUUGCAUUAAAUACCCUGGUAAAGUUAUAAAUCCAGAAAAAGCUAUUGAAAACUUAGGAGGGCUUGGAUCAAUAUCAACAACUAUAAACACGCCAAAUCGCCGAUUAGAGUUAAAAUUACGAAAAUCUGAUAUUUAUUGCAAGCCAGCAUGCGGUGAUCGACACGAAGUAUCAGGGUUCCUACUACGCAUUCGUGUAAAAAAAUCACGAGUUAAAAAAGCUACUGAAUUGGCAAAGCAAAAAGAAGUUGAAAAUUAUCGUAACUUAACUCCAGCAAUGCCACGUGAUUUAUCAAAACAAAAUCCGAUUGAAAAUUUUGAUCGAGAAGAAAUUAAAAGAUUAUCCAAAGAAUUACGUAACUGUGAAAUAGAUGCUCAACAAAACCGUAGCAAAACUGCUGGUGGAAAUGAAAAAAAUGAGUCACUAAUUGAUGAAUUAUCUGGUGAUUCAUCAAAAAAUAUACCAUUAAAGUUUAGUUGUAAUAAAAUAGAAGACUUGGCUAAUGAAACAGAUUACAAGUUGCCGAAAUUAAAAAUACUUGGACGUGUAGUAAUGGAAUUUAAAUUUACUAGCCUGAUUGAUUUUCAAUACACUCCAGUAACACAAAGUGUAACAGAUCCUAAGAAAAGAGAAUGUAUUUAUGAUUCUAUUUGUCCCAAGGGAAUAUUAACACCUGAAUGGUUGGCUAAAAAGGUUCCAUAUUUUCUUCCUCCAGCUGUUUUUAGUCGCAUGGACACUAUCCAACAGUAUAACCUGAAAUUAGACGUUAAAGAAACGGAAUCGGAGAAUGUUAUAGGAAAAAACAGAAAAAGUAGGGCUGGACUUACUUAUAAUGUUCCAUUUACAACUGAAAUAAUUCCAUCAGUACCUAAGCCAGGAAUUGAUAAAUCAAUGGCAGCAAAACUUUUAACAAAUGAAGACCUUCAAGUUAUGGUAAAGUUAUUUGAAAAACGUCCUAUUUGGUCUAGAACAGCAUUAUUGGUUAAAACUAAGUACCAUAAAGAUCAAAUACGUGUUCUAUUACCCUCAGUCGCUUAUUACUUUACAACUGGUCCGUGGAGAUUAAUGUGGGUAAGAUUGGGUUAUGAUCCACGUAAAGACCCAGCAGCAAGAAUCUACCAGAUACUUGACUAUCGAUGUAAAGCUAUGCAUGGCUUAGAAAAAUAUGUUAAAGGGAAAAGAUCUUAUACCAAUUCAUUGAUUCCUUAUAAAUCAGCGUCAGCUGCGAAAGCAUCAAAAGCUUCGGCGUCUGCUAGUUUGUCAGAGAUCAAACGCAGGACUAAAACUAAUUUGUACGACGAAAAUGAUUAUAUUUACAGACGCGGAAACAUUCCAUCUUCAAGACAAACUUUGUACCAGUUUUGCGAUGUAUUAACUGAUGAAAUUCAAGAGAUGUUUGCAAAACUCCCGGAUCCUAUGCCUGGUGUUAAAUGUGACGAGAAACGCGGAUGGCUACCCCCUGGAUUUAGUGAACAUUGUCGUGAAAUAAUUAACAAACAAGUUUUAGUUAUGCUGAGAAAAAAAAUGAACAUUCCAAUAAAUUCAACCUGCAGUCACUAUACAACUGUCGAGAUUUACGGAUUACGAAUACGAAACUGA